UGUCAUUUGUAUGAAUCGAACCGAACUGAAAUUAUUUUGUAUUCCAGACUGAGAUGACAUUGUAAUUAAUUGCCUUUUUAUUUUAUUGACUUGUUUAUGUAUGUUAUGAGUUUGUCAUUUGUAUGAAACGAACCGAACUGAAAUUAUUUUAUAUUCCAGAUUGAGUUGACAUUGUAAAGAAUUGCCUUUUCAUUUUAUUGACUUGUUUAUGUGGAAGGAAAUGUUUUUUUCUGGUAAUAUCUCAAUUUGUCCCAUUUUGAUAUUAAUUUGUGAAAACAGAAGAUCAGAUUCCCCCUCCACAUAUAACAAAUUUUCAAACCAAAUUUAUAUCAGGAAUUGUUUUAUUUUCUGCAUGAAUUAUAUUGCAUAGUAGGUUCAAAAUCACUUGUUCUGUCAUACUUUUAACCCAUGGGUUGUUCUAUGUUCUUUCAGUGAAGAUAAACUCUACGGAAGUGUUUAAAUAUAAAUAUUAGUAAAUUUAGCCAUUUUACAAAUUACAAUCAUAUGGUCUAUUGUAUGUUCUGCCCUAUCAUUUUUUUUAAAUACACUCAUCUUUUUUCAGCUGUUGAACAAAUUUUCAGAAAUAUACAGAAGACUGCCUUUACUUAUUUUAACUUUUAUUACGGGUAAAACCUCUUGUUCUCAAAUAAUCAUAAUGUUCACAUUUAUAUCAUAAUAUGUAGAGAAACAUUUUCUUGAGCAAAUAUAUACAGUUUUCUUUUUGUUGUGGUUGAUCUUAGUUAUUUGGAUUUUUGUUUUUGUUCAGUUAUGCAUUGUAUUCACUAGGGAUGCAAUCUCAGAACUUUGGAUAAAGAUUGUUCUGGGUUCAAUGCUAUUUUUAGUUUUUUAUAAAGGGUUUUGUUGUAUAUUUCUAAUCUUUUGUUUAAAGUGUCUAAAUUCUCUGAUAUUAUUGCUAAAGGCUCGUUGUUAUUUGAAUACACAGAAAUUUCCAUCUUUUCUGUUCAUCAUAGACUCCAUCUUCUCUAUUUUAAAAACAUAAAUAUCUCACUGGAUGGUCAAAUACGUUCCAAAAUAACCAAAUUUUAUUGUCACUUCAUAUGUUAUGUUUUAUCUUCAAAUCCAAAUAUGGAAUAUCUAAAUCCCAGAAGUGUCUUCUUUUAUUAAUAUCAGUUGAAGGUAGUGUUGUUGUAGUUAUGAGUCAGGAACUUUUAUAUUUGUGAUAUCGUUCUAUGUGAAAUGUAGCCUAUUAUAUAUACUUUGUAUAGAUUUUUUGUAAUGUGUUAUUUUCAAACUUGUUUAGCAAUCAGUCAAUGAUUUUUAAGAAAUAUUUUAGUUUUUAUGUACUUGGAUGUGCCAAGAAAUUUUAUUUGAGAAGUUUGAGUGAAAAAGUUUGCACAACACAAUAUUUUAUCCAAAUGCAACGACAAUCGUCAAAUUUUAAAGUUUUAAAUGUUGCUGAGAAAAACGAUGCAGCUAAAAGAAUAUCUGAGAUUUUAUCAAAUCGGAAUUCUCAAAGAAGGGAAGGAUACUCCCAAUACAACAAGAUAUAUGAGUUCAACUAUUCCAUGUUGGGACGGAAUUGUCACAUGAUUAUGACAUCAUUAUCUGGUCAUCUUAUGAAUUACGAAUUUACAGGCAGCUACAGAAAAUGGACAUCUUGCCACCCAGGAUCUCUUUUUACAGCUGAGAUAGAAAAACAUGUGACAGAGAAUAUGACUGGAAUUAAAAGAACGCUUGAAAAAGAAUGUCGGUCUUGUCAAGCUCUUGUAAUAUGGACUGAUGGAGACAGGGAAGGUGAAAACAUUGGAUUUGAAAUUAUAAAUCUCUGUCUUGCUAUAAAACCAUCGCUCAAUGUUUACAGAGCAAAGUUUUCUGAGAUUACUGACAGAUCCAUCAAAGCCAGUUGUCGCAACCUAGUGCGACCAGAUCAAAAUGUGAGUGAUGCUGUUGAUGUGAGGCAAGAACUUGAUUUAAGAAUUGGAGCCUCUUUUACUCGAUUUCAAACUUUGAGAUUACAGAAAGUUUUUCCUCAAGUAUUAUCAGAUAGAUUGAUAAGUUAUGGAAGUUGUCAGUUUCCUACUCUUGGAUUUGUUGUUGAACGAUAUAAAGCAAGAGAGGAAUUUCAACCUGAAGCAUUUUGGAAAAUUGAAGUUUCUCACACUAAAGAUGAUUGCAAUGCCAACUAUUCGUGGAAGAGAAAUAGAUUAUUUGAUCAACUUGCUUGUCAAGUCUUGUAUGAUCAAUGUAAAGAAGAACCAGCUGUUGCCACGGUAACUAAGAUAAACAGCAAACCGAAAAGCAAGUGGCGACCUCUUGCUCUGGAUACUGUGGAAUUGGAAAAAUUAGCUUCAAGGAAACUUCAUAUAAGUGCGAAAGAGACAAUGCAAAUUGCUGAGAAAUUAUAUACAAAGGGUUACAUAAGUUACCCACGCACAGAGACCAAUAUGUUUCCCAAGGAAAUUGAUUUAAAUCGUUUGAUUGGAGAACAAACGAAUAGUAUCACAUGGAGUGGAUUUGCUGAAAAUCUUCUCGAUAUUGGUCCGACUCCAAGAAAUGGAUCGAAGACUGAUAAUGCUCAUCCUCCCAUCCAUCCAACUAAAUGUGGAAAUGAUUUAUUGGGAAACGAAGGUCGAGUGUAUGAGUUGAUUGCAAGACAUUUUCUUGCAUGUUGCCAUAGAGAUGCAAAGGGUCACGAAACAAGUGUUGAAAUAGAACUUGGAGGAGAGAAAUUCACUGCUCAAGGAUUGAUGAUUAUUGAGCGGAAUUACCUUGAUAUUUAUAUUUAUGAAAAAUGGAAUGCAAAAACAAUCCCUGUAUAUGAAGUUGGUGAGGAAUUUGAACCAAGAAUCGAAAUGACAGAAGGCGCAACAACUCCUCCUAAUUUAUUGACAGAAGCUGAUUUGAUCGCACUGAUGGACAAACAUGGGAUUGGUACUGAUGCGACACAUGCAGAACAUAUUGAGACAAUAAAAUCAAGAAUGUACGCUGGUCUGACUCCAGAUAAAAGAUUUUUACCUGGGGAACUAGGCAUGGGGCUUGUUGAAGGAUACAAUAUGAUGGGAUAUCAAAUGGCAAACGAGUUGCGAGCUGCUCUGGAAGCAGAUUUGAAAUUAAUAUGUGAUGGAAGAGCAAGGAAAGAAGAUGUUUUGCAAAAAUAUAUUACUAAAUAUAAAGAAGUUUUUGAAGAAGCGAUAAGACAGGCUAAAAAACUUGAUCAAGCUUUGGGUUGUUAUUUUGGUGAUGCUCAAUCAGUUGAAAGUCAGAAUAUAUACAAUCCUAUGGAAAUAUCAAGUCCUGUCAGACCUUGUCCAUCGUGUGGUAAAGAUAUGGUGAUUAAAAGGAAGAAAGAUGGAGGCUUCAUGGUAUCAUGCAUGGGAUUUCCUGAUUGCAGAAAUGCUGCUUUUAUGCCAAAAUCAAUACUAGAUGCCACUGUCGAUGAAUCAAUAUGUUCAAGGUGUCGACCUGCACCAGUACAUAAAGUAAAAUUGAAGUUAAAUCGCAGCAGUAUUCCUCCAUUUAUGGAUUCAGAACAAAUUGCUUGCAUAUGUGGAUGUGAUGAAGAUAUUAAUAAUGUCUUAGACAUCAGGUUCCGACAGCUGACUCCUAAUACAAAUUCAUCAACUUACUCAAACCAAAAUAGCAGACAACCACGUGGUGGGGGUAGAGGGUCUUUCCCUGCAUCAUCCAAUCACAGAUCUGGACCAACAAGUGGCAAUCGAAGAGGUGGAGGGGGUACACCUGGAUUUUUAUCUAGGCCUGGGGGUGGGGCUGGUGCCCCGAGAGGGGGAACGAAAAGAACAUCAGGUGGACAAAAGAAAACUUAUUCCACCUCGUCCAGCAGCAGUAUGGACAGUGGCUAUUCUGGUUCAACUUCUAACAGCUCUGAAGCUGAGAACCAACCCUGCUGUAGAUGUGGAAUAAAUGCUGUACAAAGAACUGUUUUGAAAGAUGGUCCAAAUAAAGGAAGACAGUUCUAUACUUGCGAAAAACCUCGAGAUCAACAGUGUGGAUUUUUUGAAUGGUCAGAUGCAGAAUCUCAAGGCCAAAGUUCGUCUGGAGGCGCCAGAGGGUUAUAUAAUGUAAGUAACAACAACACGAGAGGAAAUCAUAGCAGAGGAAGCGGAAGGAGCAGAAACUCGUCAACCACGUCACGGAAACCACCUACAUGUAGUUUGUGCAAAGAACAAGGACAUACAAAGAGAUCUUGCCCUAACAAAUGAUUGCAGUUCGAGUUCCCAAUCUGCCAUUUUUCUGCCAAGUACCUUCACUUGCAGAUUGCCUAUAACUUACGUCCUUUUUCUUCCAUAAGUACAUAUGAAACAUUCGUAUUUCACUGUGAUUUUUCGUUGCUUAAUAUUUCCUUGCACCCUGUUUCUUAUGUGAAAGUAUGUACUUGUUGAAAAUGACAAAUGCCAGUAUGAAGAUGUUUCUAACAGAAAGUUGUUAUAUUAAUUAAACACGGCUAGCCAUUUCUUAGCUAUUUUAUGUUUACUUGUUCUUUUAUAUUCAAUGAUUCAAGGCUAAUUUUAGCACAAUUUUGUUUCUUGUAAUUUGUAUUGGAAAUUCUGUGGGAAAUGAUAAAGACUACCAGUUUAAACUGUAAGAUGGAGCACUAUAUUUCCAGAGA